GCACUCCCAGGAAAGAAGGGCUCAAAACUCGUUCAACAGAUCCCGGCUGCUCAAUUCAUUCUAGAUAGUUUUGGAAACACUUUCACUUCAGAUAACUCUAAUGCAUCCCGCUUUGGUCAAUACACCGAGCUACAAUUCGCCAAGAACGGUAAACUCUGUGGUCUCAAAACCUUGGAAUACUAUCUCAAACGUCAAAGGGUU